GAGAGGUGCGCGCGCGACCAUACGUAGGAAGUUCGUCGCGCCAAAGCCGUAACAGGAAGUGAGGAGCUGAGGGGAAACGGCGGCCAGUCCGGGAUUUGAAUCUAUCUAACUACUUCCAUAAUCUACAAACAUCUACAUUAAUAUGGCAGACCCGAAGGACCAGGAGGAGCAUGAAACCACUGCAGAAACUGUAGAGGAGUCUAAUCAUGAUCCCCAAUUUGAGCCAAUCGUGUCCCUUCCUGAGCAGGAUGUGAAAACAUUAGAAGAGGACGAGGAGGAACUCUUUAAAAUGCGGGCUAAACUAUAUCGUUUUGCCUCUGAGAACGACCCACCAGAGUGGAAAGAGAGAGGAACCGGUGACGUCAAGCUGCUGAAACACAAAGAGAAGGGCACAAUCCGCCUGCUGAUGCGGAGAGACCGAACCUUGAAGAUCUGUGCCAAUCAUCACAUUGUGCCUAACAUGGAGCUGAAGCCCAACGCUGGCAGUGACAGGGCAUGGGUGUGGAACACACUAGCAGAUUAUGCUGACGAAAGCCCCAAACCUGAACUUCUGGCAAUACGCUUUUUAAAUGCAGAAAAUGCUCAGAAGUUCAAGGGGAAGUUUGAUGAGUGCAAGGAGGAGGUCAGAAAAAGUCUAGGGGAAACAGGCAAUACUGAUAGCGCCAACAAAGUGGCGGAGAAGCUGGAGGAACUCUCUGUAAAAGACAAGGCAUCAGAAGAAAAGAAGAAAGAGGUCAAAAAGGAGACUGAGAAGAAAGAAGAUGAGAAAAAGGAGGUGGAGGCUGAGAAGAAUUGAGAACCAAGAACUUGCUUUGAUGAUUUUCAAUUUGUCAGUCUUUCCUCUUUUUCUACAAUAGACUCUAAAUGAACUGAAUUUGGACACUUGCAUAUUAUUAGUUUCGUUUUUUAUUAUCUUUUUUUGCAUCAAGAUCACAAGUCAUUGAUGCCACUGGGCGGGGUCGGGGGGGGGGGAUACAAGAUAGUGAAUUUAUGAAAGGAAACAAAAGAAGCCCACUCAUUCCCUCUGCACCAUGGAAUGCCACACUUUCCACCCUUGUCAUCUGAAAAGAGGCUUGUGACAGUGAUAAUUCCCACAUUGGGGUAUUUUUUGUUUUGUUAUUCUGAAGCAGAGUUUGUUAGUAGGGGGAAGAAGAUAAUGUAGCCUGCUUGUUAGCAGCACAGGGUCAGGGACCAGGUAUUGUGGAGGUGCAGAAAUAUAAAAUCCCAUGAUGCAUCUCAGUGGGCCUUCUUAGCCUGUCCACUGUCACUUCCACAACAGCAAGUAAGGUGAAGAAGACUUCUCAGUGGAUGCCUUGUAGAAGUAGUUCUUUGUAGGUUCCUUCUUUCAUUAGUUCUGUUGGGAGCUGACUAGAAGAGGAAUCCACUCCAGACAGUUGAGGGGCAUCAGAUGCGUGCUGCAGAUCGCAGUGUCCACUGAUUGGAUAUCAAUCAGAUGCACUUAUCUAAGCAUUUCAUUUCUUUCCUUUUUUUUUUGUUUCUAAUUAUCUGAAAACCAUUAAGUCCAAAGUCAACGGUUCAUCAGAGUUUGAUGCAGCUAUGCUCUGACUUAAGUUCCUCACCAGGACAUUGCGUUUGUGUUGUUUAGAUCAUAACAUUCCCGGACUGUAAGCAUGUAGAGUAUAUGUAACAGAGUGCCCUAUCUGAUCUGUGUGCUCACCACCCUCCUUUUCUUUCCACUAAUUGAGUUCUUAACCUUGCCUCCAAAGUGCAUCUAAGUGCCAGUGCAUCUGUAAAUACAUGUAUAUGGAUGAAAUGUUGCUUUUCAUUUGCACUCAAAUGAUUUGAAAUGUUUCCUCCACCUUCGAAUAAAAGCUGUCAAAGACCAAAUUUGCAUUCGUAUUAAAAAUCCCUCGAUUCCUGGGAUAGCUAACGAUGAGAUGCGCAGCUCUAAAUAAUACAGCGCUGUAUACUGAAACCAGAUUGUGUUGAGGGGUGUAGAGUUGAAACCAGAUCAUGUGACUGGCUGCAUACAGUCCUGAUGCUUGGAUUGCAUUUUGGCUUCUUAAAAUGUCACUUCAACUGUUAUUAAGCAACAUCUAUGAACUAUAAAAGAAAUAACUAUCA